CAUUCCCCCUACCAACAGUGAUAUGUGAGCAUGCAGACACUAAGCCACAGAGACUACAUGAAAGAUAAAGAUGGAGAAAGUACAAUACAAAGGAAGGGAACACGUUACUGGUUGGCUAAUUUUCCUGAUUAAUGUGUUUGCUUUAUUACUCAUGCAGUGUGUACGCAGCCUCACCUAUCUCAAAAUCCAACCAUGAAGUGCGUACAUAUUUCACUUUGUCUGCUUCUAUAUUUACUCCAUUUUACAGCUCAUGGCGUGGACAUGGCAGAAAUGGACGAACCCUAUGGGCCACAGAAUCCGAUCAUUAUUGGUCCAGAUGCAGUGACUGUAGGAAUCCCAUGUAGCUAUGUAUGCUUUGCUGAUUGCUCACCUAACUGCACGUACACAAUUGGUGUUGAUGACCAGAGUGCAGAGGGGAAUGAGGUACAAUUUACCUUAAGCCAGUGGGUGAAGUCCAAAAUGGUGACGUGCACUGUAAAAAACACAGCCACAGGAAAAUCCUUCACAACCAGGAAAACCUUGCACAUUUUGGAGGGGCCAGUAGACGUUGUAAUCAGUGGGCCACAGACUCUGGCAGCAGGUGAAACCCAGCGAUUUCUGUGCAGUGCGACCUGUAAACCCUCCUGCAGUUACAGCUGGGUUGUUGAUGGGGACUCAGUUUCUGGCUCUGGGGAUGAGGUAGUAUUCAGAACACCUUUGGAGGCCACCUCAGGAACCAUCAUCUGCAAGGCCACAAACACUGUGUCCAAACUGUUUGUAACAGCGGUCCGAAAACUAACUGUUACAAAAAGCUAUCCAUCCAUGGCGGAAAAAGUGGAGCUUCUGCCAACACUGGUGUUUGCAAGCAUUAUACAUUUUGGUAUAAUGAUUACAAUAUGACCAAGUAUAGGAUAUCAUUAAGAAGAAGAAGAAAAGAAAAAAAAAAAAAGAAAAAAAAAAAGAAAAGAAAAAAAAAAAAAGAGUAGUCGUAUCAAUGUGGGCAUAAAAUAACUGAAUUGUGAUGAACAAACUGGGCUGUUUAUAUAUUAUAAAAAAAAAAUAAAAUUAAAGUUUCAUAUAAGCCAACAAAUUAAAUCACUGUCAAAAAUGUUUAAUUUAACUCUAUAUGUGAGGUGUAAGAUGUUAGAUCACCGAAACAUUCAUGACUUAACAGUAACAGACUUGUUUUGACUGCCACUAAUACAGAGUCCAGUUCCUCUCCUCUGUUCCUCGACAACACAAGUUAUACUCCAUAUUUCUUCUUUAGAGCUUGGACAGAGUUGUCCUCCAGUCCAGCAUGUGAAAUGCAUUGAAACAGCUCCUGCAACACUGG